AUGUCUAAUUAUAACUAUAAUCGUCGUCCUCGUCCACAACUUUAUCGGUCACCAUUACAAGAAUUAGAUGCACGUAAUAAGAGGUAUACACCAAAAAACGUGGACCGAAACAACCAUUAUCAAAAAUUAUGUGAACAGGGAAAAUGUAAAAAAUUCCAACAACCAUCAUAUUCACAUUAUUGUAUUCACCACGAAACGGAACUGAAUACGUUAGAUGAAUUAAUUGAUCAAGCACGGCAAACAAUCGAUUUUACUAUCGAUACCGAAAACGAUAUAAAAACACAGCACCCAGCAUUGAUCCAAAUCGAAUUUGUCCAUGUCAAUCGUCCAUCCAUUGUCAUCAUUAUUGAAGUGCAACAUCUACCGCCACAAACAUCACCAGAAUUCAUUAAAAUUAAACAACUGUGUUCAAUUAUAUAUGCAUCAACUAACCGUUGGUAUUCGUGGGUAGAUGCAUUGGAUGAAUUAUCCAAAUUCCGACAGUUCAAUCUAUUCGAUAGCGUUGAUCAUUCAGUUAUGUAUAAUAUACAGGAUGACUUUAAAGGAUGGUACAAUCGUGUUUAUCCAAGGACCCCGGAUCAUAAAUAUGCACCAAAUGAUAAAUAUUCAUUGCAAUUCGCCAUUUAUCAUGUAUUCAAUCAAUGGUUGGAUGAACGGAUGACAUUGAGCGAAUGGUCCUGUGGUAUUGAUCUAGCAUUAGAAACCUAUAUACCAACGGGCUUAGUCGGUCGUGAUCGUGAACAAUACAUUAGAGGUGCAAAAGAAAUUCGCCCAUUAUUAGAACGUUAUGCAUUAAAUGACUGUUUUGCUGUGACAAAACUCAUUUUUCCGGUAUUGUAUAGUUGGUCACUACAGCAAGUCAACGAUUAUGAAGCAUCCAUGAUGUCAUUAGUAUUAUCAUUACAACCACCACAACUAAUGGAAUUAGAAGCAAUAUCCGAUGAUGAAGAGACGGUAGUUCAUGUACGAAAUGAACCACCGUCAGAAUUAGCAACGAUAUCUGAUAAUAAUGAUCAACAACAAUCGGUAGUUUAUGUACGAAAUGAACCACCGAUUCCGCUUCUACAACAACCACAAUUAACAUCAUCACAAUAUGAAUUAAUAUUGAGCGAUGAUGAACCACUACCACCCUCAUCAUCGUCUUCGUCAUCACAUCAUUUAACAUCAUCGAACUGUCCCACAUCGUCACGUACCGUUUGUAUUACUCAACAUCGCAAUAAAUCAGAUCAACAAAAGCGAAAUCGUAAGUAUAAUACUCAACGACGAGCAAAACGAUAUCGUCACGAAGUAAUUCGACACAUUUAUCAUCUAUUCAAUAUUAGCAAAAUUAAACGUAUAUUAAGAUCAAUGAAUAUUAAUUAUACUAAUUUUAAUAUUGUUUCACAUACACUUUUUAUUGGGCUUAAAGACGAACACGUACAGGAACAGGUAGAACAAAUGUUACAUGAGCGUAUGUUCACGGAACAACAUUAUAGACGUUUAUAUGCGUAA